AUGCUUGCAGAUGAAGGCCCUAAACUUGUGAACCCCGAUACUGAUUCCUAUCUCAGGAAGAUAUUGGUCACAGCCUAUAGUAUGGCUAUGUACAUCAACAUCUCUUUAACUGGCUCCCAAAUUACAACUGAAGCCAAAGUCCAAAGCUCUCCAGCAGUUACUGAACCAUUUGUUGUACCCUGUGCUGUGAAGGACCAGGUACUUAGGCUAACAGCAAGAGAUGAAAAGGAGCUCAACCUGAUAAAGUCUUUGGAAUCUUUGGAAGGUCUUGAGUUUAUUCUCACAAAUAUUUCAGUGACUGUGUGUAAACUAAGCAAUCUUUCAUUAUUAUUGGAUUUAACAGAGGUUCAGCUGGUUCAGAUUGAUUUUUGGAAGCAUCCUGUAAACCCAAAACUUCCAGUAGAUGUCCAUGUUCCAUUCUCCAGUCUUCAAGAUAUCAAAGUUUUAUUGGAAUCCAACAACAUUCAGUAUUCCAUCAUGCUUGACGAUAUUCAGAAAUUAUUGGAUGAAGAAAAGAAGGAAAUGGAAGCAAGCCGAAUGUCUUUAGAUCUGCGUAGUACUGACAGUUUCAACUAUGGUGCUUACCAUACUCUAGACACAAUCUACAGAUGGAUGGAUAAUCUUGUGGAAGAAUAUCCUAGCCUUGUAAGUAAACAACAGAUUGGAUCAACCUACGAAGGACGGCCAAUAUAUAUCCUCAAGUUUAGUACUGGGACCAAUCGUCCUGCAAUCUGGAUUGAUGCUGGUAUUCAUUCCCGAGAGUGGGUUACACAAGCCACCGCAGUCUGGACAGCCAAAGAGAUUGCAGCUAAAUAUGGAAAGGACGCGACUGUCACAUCUAUUCUGAACGACCUGGAUAUUAUUUUGCUGCCUGUGACCAACCCAGAUGGAUAUGCAUAUUCCCACGCUUCGGACCGUAUGUGGCGCAAAACCCGCUCUAAGAAUUCUGGUAGCUCCUGCAUUGGGGUAGAUCCAAACCGCAAUUGGGAUGCUGGAUUUUCUGGUCCUGGAUCCAGUUCUUCUCCAUGUUCAGAAUCAUGUGGGCCCUAUCCUCACUCUGAGAUUGAAGUGAAGACUGUAGCUAAUUUUCUUGCAGCUCAUGGCAAAAUCAAAGCUUUCAUCAGCAUUCAUAGCUACUCCCAGCUGCUCAUGAUUCCCUAUGGAUAUAAAUGCACAGUGACAGCCCACCAUAAUGAGCUGAUGAAUGUGGCUACAUCUGCAGCCCAAGCGCUGACAUCCUUGUAUGGCACAAGAUACACAGUUGGACCAAUUUGCACAGUUAUAUAUCAAGCAAGUGGAGGUAGUAUUGACUGGACAUAUGAUCAAGGCAUCAAGUACUCCUUUGCUUUUGAAUUGCGAGACACUGGUUAUUAUGGUUUCCUUCUGCCAGCUAAUCAAAUCAUUCCAACAGCUCAAGAAACCUGGCUGGCUUUGAAAGUGAUUGCACAGUACGUCCGUGAUCACCCUUACUGAAGAAGAAGCAAAACAAUAACAGCACAACCAUUUUCCAUGAAACUGUAGCAGUGAAAAGUGCAUUUCUUUGUUCAAAGUAUGGCAACA